UUUCAGAAUGGAAUUUCCAUCAUCCUCGUCAGAAAUGACAUAUUUCACUGUAAACUGUGAAAUUUGUCAAAAAACCAGUCACGGUCUGCAUUUUGGGCUUGAAACUUGUCGUGCGUGUGCUGCAUUUUUCAGGCGCACCGUAGUUUUGAACCGAAAAUACAAAUGUAUCCAGAAAACUGGAAAAUGUGAAAUUGGAGCCGGUGGCGAGGAGAAGCUGUGCAAAUUUUGCAGAUUUAAAAAAUGCAUCGACUUGGGUAUGACUACUGAAAAUGUACGCACAGAUUUCAAAGACGAUUCUGAAGACACCAGUUCUCAAUCCCCUCAAUCCACGUCAUCAAUGGAAGUGACGUCAUCACAGCAAAUUGUCGCCAAAGUGCGGAAUCGGGUGGAAUAUUACAUAGUUAACCCGAAAACUCAAGCACCUGCAAUGCUUAUUGAUGUCAAUGCAAUUAUUAAAGAAAGUAGAGCAAUUUUGGAGACGCACUAUUUUCCCGACGAAGACCUUAUUGCUCAUCUGAACCCCCUUCAGCGGAUGUCCCACUCAUUGCACAAAAUCCGUGAGAAACAGUCCUGGAGCCCGGAAUUUUUUGAGCACGUAAAAUUUUACAAAAUGUUCCAGUGGUGGGAGGUACAGAUGCGGGAUACUGCCACGUGGCUUAUGCAUUCGGACGAAUUUCGGAGGCUACCGAGUCAUGAGAAGAUCGCAAUUUUCAAAAUAGUGUGGGCGGUGUGGCGGAGAUUCGAGAGGUACACAAUGUCUGCUCAAAUGUUCGGUCAAAAAUGCUAUGACGAAAAAAUUCACGUUCACAAUCACCAAUUUGCCGCGAGAUUUGGCAAUUAUCAUAUCGAUUAUUCAAACGUGUCGGAUCACGGCUUUGAGCGGUUUAACAAUGUAUUCGGUGGAAAAAUGAUCAGAUAUUUUGACAUAAUCGUGAAGCCAUACCUGGAACUUAAUCUCUCUGAAACUGAAGUCACCUAUAUUUUAUGUCAAAUCGUCUGGAAUUAUGCAGGAAGACGGCUUCAAGGACAAACCCAAGCGGCUGGAGAACGAUUUUUAGAGGAAAUUUCCAAUAAUUUGCAUAGUUACUAUGAAGAAGCUGCUAGAAAAGAGGAAAAUCCGAAAAACUAUGCGUCAAGGCUUACGAAAAUGAUGCAAAUUGUCAAUGAAAUGCUGAGUAUUCAGUUGAAACGAGAAAAUACUAUGGAUAUAGCAAUGUUGUUUGAUAUGUUUAAUAUUGUGUUCACUGAGCCCGAAUUUUUCAGGGUUUGAGUGGAAAAAUAACGAAAAUAAAUCGUUUGAUAUUUUGUGUGAAAU